AUGAAACAAAUUUUGAUUUUAUCAUACAUGGAAUAUGGAAUAAUUGAACUGCUUUUACACCUAAAGAAAGACGAUGACUUUACUAAACAAAUAGCUUUUGCAAGUGGUGCCUUUAAAUCUGCUCAAUUACCUGGACAUUGUAAGAUUACUCUUUUAGAAUGGAUUUUAAAUUUAAAUGUACAAGAUAAAAUUAUUUGGCAUACAGUUCAUGGAUGGAUUAAUUCAAAUUAUUUUAAAGAACUUACUAGACAUGAAAUCGACAAUAAAGAUAUUAAAUUGAUAGUUGAGUGUAUAUUCUAUAAUAACCACAAGAAAUAUGGAAAUGCUGUUAACAUUUUAUUUGAAAAUCAUCAAGAGGAUGAGUCGGGACUGGAAAUUUUACUCAAACAUUUAAUCAAGAUUUGUAAUUCAAAUAAAAAAUUCCCAGAGGUUCAAUUCAAGCUAAUAUUUCAUGCACUUGCAGUAGCUUAUGAAAAUGAUCCAUUGCUGAUGUUCAAAUUUUUGGUUAUUUUACUACGCAUAACAGGAUUUAACUUCAAAGAUGUAUUGUCGCUCACAGGAGUUCUGUUUGAAUCAUCAGAGAUGGUGGUUACUGAAAGAUCGCAGAGAAUCUUUCUCGAACUAUUGGACGUCUUGGAAGAAACUAAAUUGGAUCUAAGGUCUAAAAUAGAAGAAGUUACUGUAACAGAUCUCUUAAAAUCUAUCAUGACUAAUUCUAUUCUGUGUAAUACACCUUCUGCUUUAAAUUACCAAUUGUUGAAAAAAAUCGUAAUAUUAGAUCCAACUCUCACUCAAACAUUAACAGAAGAAAUACUACAGUAUAUUUUAUUGGCUAAUAAUGAAGAUCAAUCUGAGGAUUAUGAACUUCUCAUGCUAGAAAUCUUCGACACAUUCUCCAAACUACAUAGAAUCGAGAAUUUGGUUUCAAAAAUAAUAUCUGUUUUAAAUAAUUAUUUCGAUACUAAAACUGAGGAAAGUUUUGAUUUAAAAGUGAAAAUACAGAAAAGGAUAUUGACAGAACGUGAAUUGGAGGAUAUUUUGGCAGAUAGCGAUUUUUUCCUCAGUGACGAUAGCAAUAAUGAUUGCAGAAAUAUUCAGUACUGUUUCCAUAUGGAAUUUCUCAGUGAAUUGAUAGGAAACUUUAUAUCUAGUAUAAGAGUAGCAGAGCAUACGGUGGCCGUAAAUGUGGUUGAGAAAACAAAGAAGUGUUUGAGUGAAUUAGAAGAAGUACUUAAAACUUUCGGAAACGGCCUUUUGAACAGAAAACAUAACUGCAGCUUGAUGAGAUCAUUUUUGAACAUAGCAUAUCAUUGGGCCGAAGUAACACUUGUUUUAAAAUAUUACUCUUUUAACCAAGAUGACAAUGAAGUAAAAUCGGUAGCAGAUUAUAAUUUUGCUGCUUGUAAUAUUACAUACGUUCAUCCUUAUCUAACCGUGGACGAAUGGUGCUUAAUAUCAGAAAGAAUUAGCAAUUUUGGAGAACUAUCGUGUAAACAAUUAUUAUACAAAUUAUUCAUUCAAAAAGUGCGUGCCUUGUACAUAUUUGAACAAAAAGUGAAUGAAGAAAUUUUGCAAGAUCUGUCGAGGUACAUAAGUAGGGAUUUAGAAGAAAAUUGGAAAUACAUAUUAAAAAACAAAUUCUUAACCAACAAUUUAGUACCACUAAUGGAUUUUUCCUCAAUCAACUUAAUAGCUGACAAAUUGGUAGCCAACAUGACGGAUUUGGAUGAUAUACAACUAAACCAGCACAUUUUUAAUAAUUCUUGUGUUUUAAAUGCCGUUGUUUAUUCUAUAAUAGUUAAAUGUGAUAAAAUUAUUUCGAAAAGGAAAAGGAAACACGAUGAAGAUUUGGUUGAUACAAAGAAAUUAAGCACAAAAGUAAGUAAUAUGGUAACAGCAGAUACAUUUUGUAAUGAUGACAAUAACGAAGAUUUAAUAAAAAAACUCAAGAAAGUAUACGAGUCCUACAAGGUGGAUCACAAUGUAGAAAUAAAGUUUAAUGAAGCGAAACUAUUAGAGCUAUUUGAGGUACUAAUAAAGUUCCCUGUCGUAUUUUGCAAAGAAUCCGCCCAGAAAUGUUUUCUGUUAUACUUAUUUUCUUUACACAAGGAUUUGCGUCAAGAUUUUUCCGAAGGACAUUAUGCAGAUGUACAAAGUCGUUUAGAGACUAUUAUAUUAGGUAUGCUGCAACAGCAUAAAUUUAGGUUAGAUGACAUUUUUAAUAUGGAAACCAUAUGUCAAGAAAUAAUGACAAGCUUUAAUGAAUGGAGGGAUAUUUUCGUUCUAAUUAUAGAAAGCAUUUUUAAAAAUAAGGAUGCCAUAGCGAAUUAUGAAUCAUUGAUUUCGCAUAUUGCCGAUAAAUUACACAUUCCGACGUAUAUGCAUUGUGGGAUCAUUAUUUUAAAUACUCUUAAUAAGUACAAAAAAGUAAAAGCCACAAAGGAAGCAAAGGAUGUAGCGGACAAUUACAAACUUAUACUUUGCAAUAAGAUGUACGAUCUCGUUGUGACAAACGAUCCUCAAGAUUACCUAAUACCUGCAUACGCCUAUACGUUAAAAACGUUUUUGGUGCAGAAUGAAAAAGAAAAGAUAUCUAAGUUAGUUAGUAUUUUGGAACCUUACACGAGCUUCGUUCUUCAGCGGCACGAAGAGUACGACAAGAACGGCUAUUUGCAGCUUUUUAAUAUUGUAUUACACAACAAAACGAAACUAAGUAAUGCCAGCGAGGAUCUUCCAAUGCAGAUCUGGAAAGUAUGUAAAAACAAUUGUAAAGUUUAUUUUAGAAAUGAGGAGUAUUCUCAAUUGAUAAUGCUGAUAGUUGGUUACGUUUCUAACGACGAUUUUUGUACCAUGACUCAAGAUCUUCUAGGAAUAUCGGAAAAUCUAAUUAAAAAGAGUAAACACCAACAACUUACAAAUUUGUUGAAGACCUGGGAGUCAGUUAUAGCGUCCAAUAUUAAUCCAGUUAAAACGAAAAACCUCCAAGAAUCGAUAGUAUUGCUGUUAUCUCAACUUAUUCAACUUCUUGAAAAUUGUACAUAUGAUAAAGAAUUAUUUGAAAGUGUUAUGAAUUUUGGAAUAGUAGUAGUAAAAACAAACCAUUUUCAUCUCACCUCUGCUAUGGCCGACAUUCUAAUUUUAACUGUAACAGUAUUGUUAAACAAGGAAAAUAUAGACUUCCACCAAUCCUGUACAUUAUCAAUUUCACUAUUAUCGAAUUUACUGAAAUACCGAAAAUCUCUUAUACUGGAUAGACUGCCGCCGUACUUACAAGAGUACCGAGCUUUACUGAAGAAAAUAUGUUUUGAGAGCAAUGCAGAUAUUCCUAAAGAAGAGGACGUUGUUAGACAGUUAGCAGACUGUGCUUUUCAACUUGAAAAGUUAACCAAAAGUUUGGUAGUUUAUCAAAAAGAUAUGUCUAGGAUUGCGAUGUAUUUGAUUGCGGAUGUUUUGGACCAGUAUGAAAAAGUUACUAUCCUGCCAAAUGUUAAGAUGCAUUUAAACAACUGUGUCUACAGUUUGAUAACCAUAUGUGACCAACACGCAGUCUCUUAUUUGAUGAGGGUGCUCUCCAGUGCUUCCACUGAAAUAUUUAAAGUUAUGUACGAUCAUUAUAAGAAAUAUUACAGAUUUACUGGUAAAGCUUGA